AACAACAUCUUGCCAACAAUCGCACUGUUUUGGCGAGUUCGCGAGUAGCAUUGUUUACGCAAAUGCGAAACAAUGGAUAAUAACAAAAAAUGUGUGAAACUUAUUACCUCUUAGUAAGUGGACAGAUUCUAAAGCCUUAGUCUUUAGAAUAGCAACAACUCUCAGGUUAAUGUGUACAAAUUGAAACAAAAUACAUAAAUACAAAGAAGUAUAAACUUUAGCCAUUAAAAUGUCAUUAAUUGAAGAAGAUGAAGUUAUUUUGGCAGCUAUGGCUGUAGAGCCACAGGUGGAUUGGUGGGAUGCCUUUGUAAAGGAUAAUUAUUCUAAUGAAAAGUGUUUGCAAUAUUUCAAAUGUUCACGAAAGACAUUUACUUUUCUGGUAAAAUUAUUAAAACCUCAUAUAGCACCAAAGAUAGGUGCGCUAGAUUCAGACUCUCCCUUAUAUUUGCGCAAAGGAGUAUCAGUGGAUAAACAAGUGGCUGUGCUGCUCUACAAAUUGACAACUUGUGUAGAUUAUGUUGGAAUUUCCAAAAAAUUCAAGAUACACAAAACAACAAUUCACAAGAUUUUAUACAAAAGUGUCAUAGCAAUAAACAAGUAUCUUUUACACAGUACAAUAAGUAUGCCAAAGCCUGAAGAGGCUGAAAUAAUUUGCAAUGAUUUUGAACAAGCCUACAAGCUUCCUCAAAUAAUUGGUGCAAUGACAUUAGCUCACAUACCAAUUUCAUCGCCAAUAAAUUUGAACUACAAGUUUCUAAAUUCCAAGCUCUAUCCAUCAUUUGUCUUGCAAACUGUUAUUGAUUCCAAUUUUCUUUUCAGAGAUGUAAGUGUUCGGCAUGCAGGUGCCACUGAGCCUCAGCUUAUUAUAGCUGAUUCUAAUAUAUACAAAUACUCGCACAAAGUUAUGCCUCCCGAAAAGCGCAACAUUGGUGGAAUUGACAUUUCUUACAAAAUAAUUGCUCCAGCUCCGGGCCCCUUGUAUAGAUGGCUCUUGAACAGUUAUGAUGAGGAAACGACUAAGGAAGAAACACGCUUCAACAAUUGUUUGGAAGAAAUAAGAAAUUAUGCCGAUUCUGUGAUCUCAAGACUGCGAUCAAGAUUUUUAAUUCUCAGCCACAUGAUGGAUCUUAGUUACAAAGUAGCGCCCCAAGUUAUCGCGGCUUGUUGUAUAAUUCACAAUAUUUGCGAGAGAAACGGAGAUACUUUUUUGGAUGAAUGGCUAACAGAGUCUGCGGAUCGUCUUAAACGAUAUCCGCAGCCUGAUAUGCAAGAAGGUUGGGAAAAAGCUGAAAAGGUAGUUUUAGACGAGCGCGAUAUUUUGAAAGAUUACGUUAAUAGUCUUGAGACUGAUGAAAUUGAUGCAACCUUAAAUUAGUUAUAUUAGGCUCUCUACCUAAGUUUAGUCCUUGCAAUAAUUUGCGUAAUUAAUGUUUUUAAAUGUUUCAACAUUUUUUUUAAAGUAGUUUAGUUUAGUUCCAAAGAAUAGAAUAUAAUCUUUUUUGACUGUGUAGUAUAAUCUGUAGUCCCUGCGAGAUUGAUUCUAUUUAUAGUUUCAAGGAGUAGAAUGUAAUGUUUUUUAACUGUAAUCUGAUCUAGUCCCUGCGAGAUUAAUUCUAUUUCUAGUUCCAAAGAAUAGAAUGUACAAAAAUUAAUUAUAAUCAAAGAAACCAAGAGAUUCCACACGUGCAUUUAAAAAAUUGUUGCCAGCUUACAAAAGUACAGUCAACAAGGUGGCUCCGAUUUUUAAACAUAUUAAUCAUUUUACUAUUUUAACUUUUUAUAAACAUCCGAUUGGCGUUAGAAGCCUUUUUAACUUGCUUCCCCGCUUGUGUAACUCGUAUAAGACUUGUAACGUUUGUCAGUUUCUUCGUGUGAUUUUAGCUUUUGUAGAAUUGAAUGUACUGUACUUAUGCGUAUACCUAUAAAGGUGCUCCGUCGUGAUAAAUAGAUUUUAUCAAGAAAGUAUGCGAAACGAAGAGUGUCUUUUGUAUAUUCUAUAUGACUUAUGUAGAAUAUACAUAUUGAAUUGAUCAAAGUUUUGUAAUUCAUGUUUGCCAUUAUACUGAAAAAAUGUGUCCAUUUUUGUUUAUUUACAAAAUAAAAUAAAGGAUUAAAAUGCAAACUUUA